AGUCAUUGACGCAAAUGUACUCAUUCGGUCAACCCAAAUAAUAAUUAAAAAGAAGCAUUGCGCAAGCAUACGCACACGCACUCACAAGAAAGGGGGCAAAACACCACUCGUCAUGAGCAGCCCUGCGAAAGUCUCUACGUUUCAGGGGCUGGCGGAGCGAUUGGUUACUCAAAAGACGGACCCAACUCAUCCUUAUAUUUUGGUCAAGGAGGAGUAGAUCCGUGCCGUACUCACCGAGGUGCGGGAGAUUUUUAUGUCUCAGCUGAUGCUGCUAGAGAUUCGCCCACCGGUGCGCGUGUGUGGUGACACGCACGGCCAGUACUACGAUCUCCUCCGCAUUUAUGAGAAGUGUGGCUUCCCUCCGUACUCGAACUACCUGUUCCUUGGCGACUACGUAGACCGCGGCAAGCACAGCAUUGAAACGAUCAUGCUGCAGUUCUGCUACAAGAUCAUCUACCCCGAGAACUUCUUUCUCCUGCGCGGCAACCACGAGUGCGCCAGUAUUAAUCGCAUCUACGGCUUCUUCGAUGACGUGAAGCGCCGAUACAACAUGCGCCUGUUGAAAGCUUUCACGGAUGUAUUCAACACGAUGCCUGUGUGCUGCGUGAUUAGCGAAAAGAUAAUCUGUAUGCACGGCGGCCUUAGUCCGGACUUGACAUCUGUCGGUGCCGUCCUUGACAUCGAUCGCCCAUGUGAUGUCCCCGAUCGCGGUAUCCUGUGCGACCUGCUGUGGGCUGACCCGGAGGAUGACGUGCAGGGCUUCUUAGAGAGCGACCGCGGCGUGAGCUACCUGUUCGGCGAGGACAUCGUGAACGACUUCCUGGACAUGGUAGACAUGGAUUUGAUUGUGCGAGCGCACCAGGUGAUGGAGCGCGGGUACGGGUUCUUUGCGAGCCGCCAGCUGGUGACGGUGUUCUCUGCACCGAACUACUGCGGCGAGUUCGACAACGACGCUGCCGUGAUGACGAUCGACGACAAGCUGCAGUGCUCCUUCCUGAUUAUUCCCGCCUUUCGAUAG